GCAAUGGCGAGCGAAACUCAGGCUGAUCCUGUCCAGACAGACAAGGGCCUCUUUGUCUAUGAGCCUCUUGGAUUCUUCGCGGAUGAUAGCAAAGUACCCAAGUGGAUGCAGCUCCUAAUUACUGACGUGUUUAGCUUCGUGACUACGCACUACUUCGUGUGGAGCUUGCCAUUCCUCGCGCUGUUCUGCUACCUACACCAGCACGAACUCGACUACGUAUCGGUCGCUAUGAUUGCUCUGUAUCUGCCCUCAUUCUUCAGUGGGGCGCAGAAGACAGGGAAGGGCAACGAGUGGGAAGCCGCGCGGACGUCGAGUUUAUGGGGCCUCAUGAACAAAUUUCUUCGCGUCAAGAUUAUUCGGGAGCAAGAGCUGGAUCCGAAGAAGAAGUUCAUUUUCGGAUUCCACCCUCACGGAAUCCUCGUACUCUCUCGAAUCGCAGGCUUCGGUCGAAACUUCAUUGACGUGUGUCCGGGCAUCACGACUCGGUUCCUUGGAGCCUCGGCAAUGUAUUAUAUUCCGCUAGGACGUGAAAUGUGUCUGUGGAUGGGUGGAGUCGAUGCCUCACGCUCCACAGGUGAAAAGGUGCUGAAAGAAGGCAACAGCAUCAUCGUCUACCCUGGCGGCGUACCCGAGAUUUUCCUCACGGAUCCGAAUUUAAAGGAGACCCAGCUCGUGCUGAAAAAGCGUCUCGGGUUUAUCAAGCUCGCCAUGCGUCAGGGCGCACAGCUCGUCCCGACGUUCGUCUUUGGUGAAAAGUGGCUGUACAACAUGUGGACCCCGCCCGAAAGUGUGACUAACUUUUUCCGCAAGACACUCGGCAUCCCUGUUCUGGUCUUCUGGGGGAAAUUCUGGUGGAUGCCCAAGGCUCCAGGCGAAGGAAAACGCUACGGACUUGUGUACGGGAAGCCUAUUGCGACGAAGCACGAUUCAAACCCGAGCGACGAAGAAAUCCGUGCUGUUCAUGCCGAAUACGUUAGCGAAAUCGAGCGCAUCUUCAGCCAGUACAAAUCGGAAUUCGGCUACGACGAGGACGAGACGCUGGCCAUCAUUUAGGCAAAGCUCUUAACCACAACUCUGUUUAAGCACA